AACAAGAUUUUACAGUACGAUGUUCAAGGGAAACCGUAUAUUAUAUGGAUAAUCACACGUCAGAGGAUAUACGAAUGAAAAAAUUUUCUUUAAGGUCGAUUUUUCUCCAAGUGAAAAAAAAAUUCAUAAGAAAUUUAAUUAAAUUUAAUUUUAAAAAAGAGCUCAAUUGACUCACCUUUUUAUUUCAUUAUUUCAUGGGCUAUUAGUUACAAGAUUUUAUUUGAUAAUUUAAUUAAUUAUAUUAGGUGGAACUAUUUUCUAUUGUCCGCCUCGUUUUUGGCAUUGUUGCUGCUUUUUGGAACGCAUAGCCGCAAACAUUCUUGUCAUAUAAUUUAAUUAUUAUUUAUUAUUUAAUUAAGUCAUCUACGAGGUAUUGUAAUUUUUCUUUUCGUAUCCGUUCACUAAGGAAUCGAUGCUCGUUGUCUAAAUUCGGAAUAUGAGAUGGCCAGACUUGUAGCGAAUUUAAUUAUUUAUUUAUGUCUAUUGUGUAAUAGUAUUAAUGCUAAUGAAAGUGAUGAUAAUAAUGAUCAAAAUGUAGCAUCAAAAAUAAUAUAUAAGAGACCUGAAAUCACUGGUUUUGCAUAUUUAAUAGAAACAUUUGAUGAUGAAGAAAAGUUUAAAGAACAUUGGAUUCUAUCUGAAGCUAAAAAGGAUUCUAUAGAUGAGGAUAUAGCAAAAUAUGAUGGAAUUUGGUCUAUAGAAGAACCUAAAAAGCAUGCUCAAGAGGGAGAUCUAGGAUUAGUGCUUAAAAGUAAAGCCAGACAUGCUGCUAUAUCUACUAAAUUAUUUACACCAUUUUAUUUCAAUGAUAAACCAUUAAUUGUACAAUAUGAAGUGAAUUUUCAAGAUAGUCAAGAAUGUGGAGGAGCUUAUUUAAAAUUGCUUACUUUACAUCCAGAACAUCAAGAUUUAAAAAAAUUCCAUGAUAAAACUCCUUAUACUAUAAUGUUUGGUCCUGAUAAAUGUGGAAAUGAUCACAAGCUACAUUUUAUCUUUCGACACAAAAAUCCUUUGAAUGGUUCUAUAGAAGAAAAGCAUUGCAAAAAACCAAGAGAACGUUUGGAAGAUUUUUUCAAAGAUAAGCAAUCUCAUCUAUAUACUUUGAUCAUUCGGCCAGAUAAUAGUUUUGAAAUUAAAAUUGAUAAUAAAAUAGUAAAUUCUGGAUCCUUGCUGGAUGAUUUUACUCCACCAGUCAAUCCACCUUUAGAAAUAGAAGAUCCAACUGAUAUUCAACCAGAAGAUUGGGAUGACAAAGAAAAAAUUCCUGAUUUAUCAGCCAUUAAACCAGAUGAUUGGGAUGAAGAUGCUCCAGCACAAAUUGUUGAUGAAGAUGAUAUUAUGCCUGAAGGAUGGCUUGAAAAUGAACCACCAAUGAUACCUAAUCCUGAUUCUAUAAAACCUGAUGAUUGGGAUGUUGAAAUGGAUGGAGAAUGGGAACCUCCAGAAAUUCCAAAUCCAAAAUGUGCUGAUGCACCUGGAUGUGGAAUAUAUAAGCAAAAAAUGAAAAAAAAUCCUCGCUAUAAAGGCAAAUGGUCACCACCUUUGAUUAAUAAUCCGAAUUAUAAAGGCAAAUGGAAGCCAAAAUUAAUACAUAAUCCUAAUUAUUUUAAUGAUGAACAUCCAUUCCAAAUGAUGCCUAUCUUUGCUGUAGGCUUUGAACUUUGGUCAAUGUCUACAGACAUCUUCUUUGACAAUAUUAUUAUUACUCAUGAUGAAGAAGUAGCAAAAUAUUGGGCUGAUAAUACAUUUGAAGUUCGUCGCGCCCAAAUUGCAGAGGAAAGUGUAACUUUAUGGGGUCGAAUAUUGAAAGCUACAAAUUAUAAACCAGGCUGGUGGGCAUUAUAUUUUAUAUAUUGUGCAAUACCAGUUAUAUUAUAUAUUUGGUAUCUACUAAAGCGAAUUCAUGAGUGGAGUGUAUGGCGUCAGAUUGGUACAUUUACUGCAGAACAUCCUUGGAUAUGGGGUAUAUAUAUAAUAGCUCCUGGCUUGCCCAUAUUGCUAGUAAUAUAUUGUUGCUGUUUUGCUUCUCAGGAUAAAUACGAUUUAAAAGAUGAUGAUAAACAAUCUUUAGUGACAAAUGAACAAGUAGUAUUAAAACAAGAAGAAACAGAAAAUCUGCCAUCUAGUACUGAAGUAGAAGAAGAAAUUGAAAAACUGAAUGAAAAUGAAGAAAUUAUAGAAAGUGAAGAAAAUGAUAAACCAGAAAUAGGUAGUGAUGGACCACGGCGAAGAAAACCAAAUAAAGAAUAGAAUGAAUUGAAAUUAAAUAAAAUAAAAAAAAUUCGUACUACUAAGGUACAGAUUAUAAAUUUAAAUAAAUAUUUAAAGGAAUCAAUUUAAGGACUAGUAGAAGGAAUAUUAGAAUUCUGCAUACAUGACUUACAAGUAGGUACUGCGCGUUGCGAGUGGUGUCCAGCAAGAAUACUAUGUGCACCCAUGCAUCUUGUACAUAAUACUUCCCCACAUGACCAACAGUGAUGCUAAAGAAGAGAAAGAAAAAGAGAGAAAAUAUAAAUUAUUAAUUCUAAAUAAAAUUCUUAAAUAUAUAUUUAAGUUCACCUUUUUGUUAAAUGCAUCAAAUGUUGUAGAGCAUGUACAUUCUUCCAUAUUUCUAAAUAAUUUCCAGUCUAAAGCAACUGUUUUUAAUUCAUUUUGUAAUUGAUUAAUUUUUAAUUUACACAUUGAUCUUUCUUCAUGAUUUGUAUUUUCUAUGAUAGUUUCAGAUAAUGGAUCUUUCAUAUAUUUAUUAUCGAAUUUUAAUUUCCCUUGUAUCCCCCUUUUUUGGAUGUUAUUUAAAUUCAAUACUGAAUUUAAGGAAUUGACUCUCUGUUUAAUAUUGUGAUAGUAAUAUUAGAAAUUUAAUAAAAAAAUAAAAAUAACUAACUUUAUACCUUCAAAAGAAGUUUAACAUGAUCUUCUAAACAACUAGUAUGAUCAUGCAUUAUUAAAAGAUAAUCUUCGUAUGUUUCUCUUGGAUGAAUACCAUUUUCAAAUCUGAAGUAUAAUCCUCGCCAUAAACUGAAAAAUUACCUUUUUAUGCAAUUUUAAUUUAUAGUAUCUAAAUAUAUAAACAUAAUAAAAUUAUAUAUUACGUGAUACAUUGUGGUGCUAAUUUAGGUUGAAGAACAGAACUAGUAUCUUCAUUGAAUCGAUUACAUUUGUAUAAAGGAUUUAUAUAUUCAUGCAUAUUAUUUGCUAUGUAUCCCCAUAAAGAAUAUGUUCUUUCGGAUAGUCUAAAAAUAAUUAAAUAGAAAUUAAAUGAUAUAAUGAAUAAAUUAUUAUAAAUUAUUAUUUAAAUUAUUAAAAAUAAUACCUUAAAAUUUGUCUUUCUUUUUCUGAAUUUGCUAUAAAAGUACCAUGCUGACAACUAUGUACAUGAUCAUGGAGAGUUAUUAAGAAAAAUUCAUUGAAUUGAAAUUUAUGAGGAUAUUGCAACAAUAAUUGAUAAGUUGCAUCAAUAAACUGUGUAAAAAUUGGUGCUAAUUCUUUGUUAUCACAAUUAAUGUGACCACAACGAUCACUAAAUUUAUGUCCAAAAGCUAACCAAUCUUUUUCUAUCAAAGCCUAGAAAUAAAAUAUAUAUUUCUAUUUUUAAGAAAUUAAAUUAUAUAUACUAUAAAUUUAUAAUUAAAUCAAUGAUUCAUAUCUUACUUGGAAACCUUGAAUUGUCCUAUAAUAUGGAUCCAAUAAUAAAGCACUUAAUGAACAUACUUGAGCAGUGCGAUCCCAACCAUCACUACAAUGUACUACCACGCUAACUCCAUUCGAAACUGCUCUAGCAAUAAACCAAGCAGUUUCUAAAAUAGAUCGUAUAUGUUUUAACCAUCCACUGCUUUCCAAAUUAUUUAAAAAUGUAGUCAUUGAUGUCAUUCUUUGUACUAAAUAAUAAUUAAAAAUAUCAAAAUAAUAAAAAAUUAUAAUUUGCAUAGAAA